UGCGAUGUGUACUUCGUAUUAUAAUAUAAUUUAUUAUAUGUGCAUUCUUUAAUCAUUUCGUUAUGUUUUUCAUAUUAAAUUAUAUCGCGCAUAGAACUGUCUUCUAACGAGAGCGGAUUUUGCUCGUCAUGAGCGCAGAUGCGGAAGUGCGCGCGCGUUCACGCACCCCCGGAGAGAAAAAUAAGAAGAUCCGGUCAUACGGGUGCGUGAACGACACGUGUAACGUGUGUCCAUACAUAUAUAUAUAUAUAUAUAUAUUAUUGCAGUUCGCGUCUCGCGGCGACGUGUUCGAAAAGCGAUUCCGUCUGAUUCCGUUCUGACGUGUCAGACAUAUUCGUUUCGAUCCAAACGAACUUUCGAACGAGGAUUAAAGGUGGGAGUCAAUAAACAAAGAAACACGUCGGAGAUUUGAUAAGGAUUGAUACCGAAAUUCGUCGUAUUGUAAUAGAUAAAUUCGAUAAACGCCUUGCUCUGUGCAGUUUAUCGCCGUCAGACAGUGUCAUACGAGUUUUUGGAUUGUCGAAACUUGAAUUUUAUGCGAGUUUUUGUGAUAAUUAUAUACAGUGUAUGAUAAAUACAUCUGAAUUAUUCAUUAAGAACGCAUACAUCUUUAUAAAUAUUUGUACGUGCGUGUAUAUGCGUGAAUAUAAUGAUGUCCGUUAUUUUGGCAAUUCAAGGCGUAUAACGUUCAGCAGACACAGCAGUUGAGUAAAUGCUCAUUAUUAUUGGUACAUUCUUCUAGAUCUAUCAUGGAUCUAAAGGAAUUUAAUGGAACUCUAUUCCAAUCGUCAGGCAAUAAUUAUAAUGAACGUCACUAAACUAUAGUGUCCGUUGAACGCUCCAUCAGUCAACCAGUCGAUCUCACUCACUGUCAGUUGUCACUCGCGAGUUAGCGGCAGUAAUCGUGAUUACUUCAUUCAAAUAAUAUUUGAGAGAAUUACUUGUCAACAGUCUGAAUGCAAAUCAGUUAGCUAAGUGAAAUUUAAUAUCUUUCGAAACGAUAAAAGAGAGAGAAGAGAGGUGAAAGUUAAAAGAUAAAAUAAUUAUAUGAGAUAUAAUUGACAAACCAAUCCUAAGGGAUCAUUGAUUACAUACAGUCAGCAGAAUCACUAAACUAUUAAACUCAUUCAGUGGUAUCUGACUGAGUGGAAUUUAUAAAGAGAAUCAAUUGGUAUAUGAAAAAGACAGAAGAUCCUUUAUCACAAUGAUAAUUAGAGCUUUAUGCAAUACCUUUUCGGGAAGACAGAUUGGCUUGUGCAUGCAGUCACAGUUAUUAAAACGAAACCCAUACUUGGGUCUUGGACAAUUGACACGAACGAUAUCUUCGCAUCAUGUCUCAAAGAAUAUUGAAUUUCUUACACAAAAUAAUCGUAUUAUCUCAUCUAAAAACAUUGCUCAGACUCUAAAUGUAACAAACAAUCGUCCUUUGUUAGUGAUUCUCACUUGGCUAUUAUCAGAACGACGACAUGUUAUGAAGUUUGUUAAUUUGUAUAUGGAACAAGGUUUUGAUGUGGUGGUAGUAUCUCUUACGCCUUGGCAACUUAUGUGGCCUGCGAAAGGUUCUAGACUAGUGGCAGCCGAUUUGUUAACUUUCUUAAAGCAAAACGAAAGUUACCAACAAAUUCUGUUACAUGGGUUUUCAGUGGGCGGUUACAUGUGGGGUGAAGCUUUGGAUUUGAUACAAAGCAACAAUGACAAGUACAAUACUGUUACUGAUAGAAUUGUUGGACAGGUGUGGGACAGCAUAGCUGAUAUUAGUCAAAUCACAAUUGGUUUCCCUCGUGCGGUAUUUCCGAAAAACAUGAUGCUGCAAUCUAUGUUACGAAAAUACGUAGAAUAUCACAUGAAGACAUUCCACCAGCAAGCGACACAGUAUUAUAUUCGAUCCAGUCAGGUAUUUCAUGCUGCUAACGUACUACGUGUACCAGCAUUAUUAUUUGUAAGCAAAACUGAUCCUGUUGGAGCUGUAACCAGCAAUUUAUCUUUGCGCGACACCUGGGAUUCUUUAGGAAUAAAGACAUACAUGAAGAUAUUCGAAGAGUCGCCGCACGUUUCCCACUUCUAUACGUAUCCUAAAGAAUACGUUGCCGAACUCUACGCAUUUUUACAAAAAUUAAACUUAAUACAAAACGAAGAAAAGAUUAGAGCACGUCUCUAAGUAUCUAAGUAUAAAGUAAAAGUGCGCUAUUCUUUCA